CCAGUUAGCCCGAUGUUCCACUAGGCCGCAGUAGUGAGCACUGUACAUAAUUUAUAAACUGUAUUUAGCUAGCAUUUAUAUUUUCUGUUCUUUUUAGAAAGGAAGAAACAAACGCUGAUAGGAAAAGAUUUGCCCACCUACCUGAAAGUAGAUGGUGUCCCAGACAAUACUUCACUGAACCAUCGGAUCAGGAGCAGCAUCUCCAACACCAUCACACUGAGCACAGGGGCUCCCCAGGGCUGCGUGCUCAGUCCACUGCUGUUCACUCUGCUGACCCAUGACUGUGCUGCAACGCACAGCUCGAACCAUAUCAUCAAGUUCACCAAUGACAUGACCGUGGUGGGUCUCAUCAGCAAGAACGAUGAGUCAGCUUACAGAGAGGAGGUGCAGCGGCUAAUGGACUGGUGCAGAGCAAACAACCUGUCUCUUAAUGUGAACAAAACAAAAGAGAUGGUUGUUGACUUCAGGAGGGCACAGAGUGACCACUCCCCGCUGAACAUCGAUGGCUCCUCGGUAGAGAUUGUGAAGAGCACCAAAUUCCUUGGUGUUCGCCUGACGGAGAAUCUCACCCGGUCCCUCAACACCAGCUCCAUAGCAAAGAAAGCCCAGCAGCAUCUCUACUUUCUGCGAAGGCUGAGGAAAGUCCAUCUCCCACCCCCCAUCCUCAUCACAUUCUACAGGAGUUGUAUUGAGAGCAUCCUGAGCAGCUGCAUCACUGCCUCGUUUGGAAAUGGCACCAUCUCAGAUCGCAAGACCCUGCAGCGGAUAGUGAGGUCAGCUGAGAAGAUCAUCGGGGUCUCUCUUCCCACCAUCACUGACAUUUACACUGCACACUGCAUCCGCAAGGAAAACAGCAAUAUGAAGGACCCCAUGCAACCCUCAUACAAUCUCUUCUCCCUCCUGCCGUCUGGGAAAAGGCUCCGAAGCAUUUGGGCUCUCACAGUCAGACUAUGUAACAGUUUCUUCCCCCAAGCGAUCAGACUCCUCAAUACCCGAAGCCUGGACUGACACCUUGCCCUAUUGUCCUGUUUAUUACUUACUGUAAUGCCUUCACUGUUUUUGUGCACUUUAUGUAGUCCUGCAUAGGUCUGGAGUCUAGUCUAGCUUUCUCUGUGUUUUUUUUUACAUAGUUCAGUCUAGUUUUCGUACUAGUUUUUGUAACACCAUGGUCCUGAAAAACGUUGUCUCAUUUUUACUAUGUACUGUACAAGCAGUUAUGGUCAAAAUGACAAUCAAAGUGAUUUGACUUGACUUGACUUAACCACACAAUUCGUGUCCUGUGCGAGAUUUCCAACUUGUGAUUUAGAAGCAAAAAAUAGUGCCAACGAACCAAGUUGACAAUACUAUUUGACUGUGUAACUGACUCACAGCUCUUCAAAGUCAACAGCAGAUUAUUCAAAGCAUUGCAAUGUAAUUUAAAGCUAUAAACAGUAUUUAUGUUGUUGUGCCUUAUUGGGUGUUAGCAGAACAAAAUAAUUGGUUAUUCUUUUUAAAAGUGUUAGGGUUCAAAUUCUCACUUACAGAAAAAUAAUUACCACAAUAUUCUGGGCUAUUUUAAAUAGGGAUGAACAUUGUAUGUUCCUUGUGUCAGGUAAUGGUUACACUUUUCUUGUUUGUACUUGUUGAAUUGAAAAUGACUCAGUUUAUGAAACACAAGUGUUAACAUUCAGUAGAUAAUUUAGUUAAUAGACGUGAGUGAUUAACAAGUCUGGUGCAGUGUUUGGACAGUGAAAUUUCUGGUAGCAGGACAUAACUUGUUUUCAUCAUCAGUCUAAACACUGUCAGUCAAUGCUCAAAAUUUUGCUUAUUUUGUGAAGGUGAAUAAUUAAAAACACAACAUUGAA